GCAGAGCGGGGCUGGAGGCGCAGGUCGUUGGGAGCCGGGGCGAUGGCGGGCUCUGCGGGUCUCUCCCUGCCGUCGAGCUCCCCCGCCGUCAGAGAGCUGUGCAAGAACGCGCGGGACACCUUCCUGGAGGCCUCUCGGCUGCUCCUCACCUACGCGGACAACAUCUUGCGAAAUCCUUAUGAAGAAAAAUACAGAUCAAUUCGGAAUGGAAAUCCAGCGUUUUCCACGAGGCUGUUACCUGUCAGAGGAGCAGUUGAGUGUUUGUUUGAAAUGGGAUUUCAAGAGGGAGAAACUCACAUGGUUUUCCCAAAGGAGGCAUCGAUUGAGCAACUACGUAAAAUCAGAGAUCUAAUUGCUGUAGAGAGGAGUAGCAGGCUGAAUGAGUCGAAUCAAGUCCACAGAUCAGGAUCCUCUGAAACUGUAGCCAGCGCUCAGACAAUUGCACAUCAGCCUUCAAGACCUGUUGGCUCUGUCCCUGCCCCUGAACAUCAGCAGCCAGAAACAUCACUUCUGCAGUCUCUCAAAAUGGCUGCAGAUAUGUUGACAACACUUCAAAGCAAAUGUGAGCAUCUUAUAUUAGCAUAUGAGAAUACUUCUCUUCAGCGGAAAGCACUAGCUUUGAUUCCCCUCCAGCAAUUGAAAGAGAAGGCUCAGAAAAAGCUAGCACAAGCUGCAAGCCUGGACAAAGGUGAACAUGUGAAUGAAGAGGACUUCCUGUUGUUGGAGCUCCUGAACUGGUUUAAGAAUGACUUCUUUCGUUGGGUAGAUAAUCUGCCUUGCAGCAGGUGUGGUGGCCAGACUGAAAUUAAAAGAGACUACCUCUCACCAACUGAUGAUGAUCUGAAGUGGAAUGCUGAUAGAGUGGAAAAUCAUUACUGCAGCCAGUGUCAGUUCUGUAAUAGAUUCCCAAGGUAUAAUAAUCCAGAGAAACUUCUGGAAACCAGAUGUGGACGCUGUGGCGAAUGGGCUAACUGUUUUACACUGUGUUGCAGAGCUAUGGGGUUUGAAGCUAGAUAUGUCAGGGAUUGGACAGAUCAUGUAUGGACUGAAGUAUAUUCUGCGUCUCAGAAAAGAUGGCUUCACUGUGAUCCCUGUGAAAAUGUCUGCGAUAAACCUCUCCUCUAUGAAAUUGGUUGGGGAAAGAAGCUUUCCUACAUAAUUGCAUUCUCCAAAGAUGAGGUUGUUGAUGUCACAUGGAGAUACAGCUGUAAGCAUCAAGAAGUACUCACUAGAAGGACAGCACUCAGUGAAGCUAAACUGCGUGAAACAAUUAACGCAAUCAAUAGAAAGAAACAACAAUCUUUGUCAGAAAGCAGAAAAAAAGAGCUCUUGGAAAGAACGAUUGUGGAACUUGCUGAGUUCAUUUCUCCUAAAACACCUAAACCCGGAGAAUUUGGUGGAAGGACAUCAGGUUCAAUGGCUUGGAGAAUAGCCAGAGGUGAAACUGGUUCAGAGGAGAGGAAAGAAGUGAUUUUUAUUCCUUCUGAAAAAGAGAAGGCUUCUAAACUUUUCCACCUCAUCUACAAUGUUGUAGAAGAUAGUUAUACACGGAUUUCCAAUAAUAAUGAAAAAAUAACUGGCUGGGGAACAGGUGUUUGGAGGGCAGAGUCUAUUUGGAGAAAGGUUGAAACAGAUUGGAAAAUGGUUUAUCUAGCCAGAAAAGAGGGGUCGUCCUCUGCUUCCAUCAGCUGGAAGUUUGAGUGCAAAUCAGUUGGUCUAAAAAUAGAUAACAUUUCAAUUAAGACAAGCAGUCAGACAUUUCAUAGUGGAAGAAUCAAGUGGAGACUUUACUCUCCCACAGCAGAAGUUAUUCUGGUAGGAGAUGAAAAUCUCUCCUCCUAUUCAGAUUUUUGUGGUGCAACAGAAGUUACACUGGAAGCAACUCUAAGUGGAGGGGAUGGUAAAGCUGCGUGGCAACACACACAGCUGUUCAGAAACAACUUAGCAGGAUGUGGAGAAAAUUGCUUGGAGAUGAUUAUAAAACUUGCUGACUUCUGAGAACCUGAAGUCAAGGAAUCCAAUGAAAUUCUCUUUAAGACGUCAUACUGUGGAAACAGCACGAAGUCUUGGUUGGCAGUUCCUGACUAUCCUGCAGACAGCUUAUUCCUAUUUCAGUCCUUCCAUUUUGCCAAAUGGAAACUGCAUGGGUACUGAAUAGGUAACCAUCACAAUGAAAGCUUUCUUUGCUUUGAAACUCAAAAAUUAAGGAUUGAACCAUUAAAUUAAUGCUCUUUUCUUAAACUCUAAAGAAAAGAAAGCAUUUCUUAGAAACCAGAAUGUGAUCAUAGGAGCACAGAGCAGUUUUAAUUUGGAGUUUUGUGGUUGGCUUACUGGUUAUUGGGGUUUUUGUUUUGUUUUUUUAAUCUACUUCUUGAAAAGACAGUAUGAAUUCCAUUCUUUGAUUACAACAAAUGCAUUGUGAUGAUUUUAAAAUAUUUUAAAAACUAAUAGAAGACAAAUAUUUUCAAGGAUAUAUCUGAUUUUGUGUGAUAAUUAGCUGAAAUUAAUGGAAAUAUGAAAGCAAUCUUAAAAUGAUCUUGUUAUGCAUUUAAGUAUUAAACUUACGUUUAAUUAUUAUCUAAUUUUAAUACUUAGAAAUUUUUGAAGGUAUGAUAGUAAACUAAUUUUGAAAGAAAUGUUCAUUAUGUACCUAAGAUUUUGUCCUGGCUUGUGAUGUGAAAUUGAGACUUAAAAAUGAAUAUCAGAUUUUUUUCUAUGAAAAAGAUUAUUCGUUAUACAUACUCUUAUACAAUAUAAAUUCAAAUCUAUGCACCUUUAAAAAGAUUUAUGUAGUGUGUAGGUGUUGAAAUCAUUUUUUAAACUAUUGUCUUGAGGUGCUUUGAAUACCGUUCCCAAAUUUGGUGUAAAAGUGCAUACAAUUUUCUGUUACUGUAUACAGUGUUUAAGUUUCUUUGCAUUGGGUACAAUAAAACCACCACCCAGGAAAUUUCA